CAUAACUGAGUGUUUAUGUGUGUUUUGCGAUUCAUUAACAGUUUUUUCAUAAAAAAUAGCAGUAAAAGUUUUUCAUAUAUUUAUAUUUCGUUAUUAUAUUCUACGAUAUUAUUAUGGCGUUUAUACUUCCAGAUAAUAUACUAGAGACUUUACUUUGCAGUUUUUGUCAUAAAUAUUUAUCAGUGAAACCGGUAAAAGUUUAUCCAAACAGGCUUAUACAAUGUGGAAGAUGUGUUGAUAAUGAGGAACCUUCAAUCCAAAAAUCAGAAGGAGUAGAGUCCCUGUAUGGAAUGAUUGCUCAAAACAUUUUGUUUAAAUGUGUCAACAGAUUUGAUGGAUGUCGACGAUUGUUAGCAUAUUCUCAGGUUAGGGAUCAUGAACAGGUAUGCUGGGCUAAAAUUCACGAGUGUCCAAUUUGUAAUGAAAACAUGGCGAGUCUUAUGAUGCUUCCUCACUUUCGUUCAAACCAUAAAGAUGUUAUAUUGGAUUAUCCUGCGUUUGUUUUCGAGUUAAAUGAUGAUGACAUAGAAAUGCCUAGUGUUUAUUUAUAUCAAGAAGACGAUAAUUUGUUUUUCCUGUAUAUUAGCUAUAGAAAGUCAGAAAAUACAAUAAGAUUAGAUUUGGAAUAUACUGGGAACUCUAAACUUGCUAAAAAUAUAUACCAUGAAUUUACUGUAAGUAGUGAUAACAAAGAAUUUGAUGUUGUAUUAAACUCAAAACCUUGUACUGAUGAUUUUUUUUAUGUGGAUAUCUCUAAUAUGUCAAAUUUAAUAAAAAUUGAGUUUAAAAUAAUUGAUCGUAAUCUAAAAGUUUUGACGGCACCUGAAAUUAGUAUUGCUGUGAGGAAACCUCUAAAAUGGUUCAUAGAUAAUCCACAAGGAGGUCAAAUCGAAUACCGAUCAGAAUUUAAUCUAAAAUGCGCUAUAUGCCAAGCGUACUGCAUUUUUUCAUUGUCUACAUGUCCAGUUAAGUAUUACUACAUUGACGAAGAAAGUGAUUAUGUUUGUUACUAUUGUAAUCAGUUUUUCAAACUUUUUCUUGAAACUGAUGAGUCAAGUGCUAAAAAAGCAAUUCCCACUUAUAUAUUUAAGACCAUGAAGUUCUUCAAAUGGAAUUGUAGUACUUGUUGUAGCGUGAUUGAAUUUUCAGAUAUGCAAUCACAUGAAAUUAAUUGUAAACGAGGUAGACAAUUUAGUUGCCCUAUAGCAAAUUGUUGUGAUAGUGCAAAAGGAAUUGCUAACCAAAUGAUCCAACAUUUAAAAAAUCGGCAUAAUUUUAUGGCAUUUGGGUCUCACUUUAAACUACCUAGAAAUUUUUUAAAAUGUUAUGUAUUUUUUAGAGAGGAUAUUGUAUUUUUACGUGCAACUGAUACAUUAGAUUUUACAUCAAGUCUGGACCAUAGAUCUAUUCACGCGGAACUAGUAAUAAAAACUGACAAUGUUGAAAAAAGACCAUAUGCCUUGUUUUUCAAUACCAACAAUGAAAUUUUAAGAGAUCAUUCCAAGUUUGCAUCUGAUAGUGAAGUAUUUGUAAAAGUUUUUGUAGACUAAUUUUUUUUGCCUUCUGUGCAUGCACCCCAGUCCAAUUUUUUCUCAUGACACCCAAUACAAUAUAGUUGUGACCUUCACUAGACUGUAAAGGUCCAUUGUGUUAGUUCCAUAUGCUUCCGCACUUGGUCUGCAGUCUCCAUUCUUCUUCUUCUUCGUCAGCCUUCAGUAAUCCAACUUUGGACAUAGGCCUCCUCCAAUUCAAUCCAGUGUUGUCUAUUUUGUGCCACCUGUUAAGUUGUGUCCUCCAAACUUCUUUAUGUCAUCGGCCCAUCUCAUUUGUGGCCUUCCUCGACUUCUUUUCCCUAACCACGUUCUCCAUUGUUGUAUUUCGUGAUUCCAUCUUUUAUCCUUCAGUCGGGCAUUGUGUCCUGCGAAGCUUCAUUUUAUUUUGGCAACAUGUUCUCCUGCGUCUUUUACUUUGGUUUUGCUUCUAAUCCAUGUAUUUGUUUUUUUGUCUAUGAGCCUCACCCCGAGCAUUGAUCUUUCCAUCGCUCUCUGUGCCUUUACUAUUUUAUCCAUAUUGGCCUUGGUGAGUGUCCACGUCUGUGAACCAUACGUAAGUAUAGGGAGGAUACACUGAUCGUAAACUCUGGUUCUCAAAUAUUGUUCUAUUUUAGUGUUUUUCAAGAUCCAACUCAGUUUUCCAAAUCCUGCCCACGCUAACCUUAUUCUUCUGGUAAUUUCGGCAGUUUGGUUUUCUUUGUUAACUUUCAUUAUCUGUCCCAGGUAGAUGUAUUCGCUUACUGUUUCUAAAUCUAUGUCAUUUAACGUUAUUUUUGUAAUGUUCGGUGCAUUCGUCAUUAUUUUUGUUUUUUCCAAGUUCAUCUUAAGACCUACUUUUUCCGAAGCUUGAAAUAGUUGCGUCAUCAUGGUCUGUAAUUCUUCGAAACUUGUAGCGAAUAUUACAAUGUCGUCAGCAUAUCUCAAAUGACUUAGUUUUCUUCCAUUAACAUUUAUUCCUUUAUCUACCCAGUUAAUAUCUUUGAACACGUCUUCAAGUCCCAGUUUGAACAGCUUUGGUGAAAUAACGUCUCCCUGGCGAACUCCUCUGUUGAUUGGUAUAGCUUUGGUUUUCUCAUCUAUUUGUACUCUCAUUGUAGCUUUCUUAUAAAUAUUAUGUAUGAGUAUUCUCUAUCGAGAAUCUAUCCUGCAGUUAUUCAUAGCUCGCUCUAUUGCACAAAGUUCUAUGGAGUCGAAUGCCUUUUCAUAAUCAACGAAGCCAAUGUAUAAGUUCAAGUGAUAUUCAUUGGCUUUCUCUAUUAGCGUUCUGACUAUAAGAAGAUGAUCCGCUGUACUGUAAUCCUUUCGGAAUCCUGCCUGCUCUACUGGUUGAUAGCUAUCAAGCUUCAACGAUAACCUAUUAGUUAUUACUCUCAUAAACAGUUUGUACAUUUGGGACAGCAGGGAAAUUGGCCUAUAAUUCUUCAGAUCACUCCUGUCUCCUUUUUUGAACAGAAUUAUUGUCAAACUUUCUUUCCAAUCAUCUGGGACAUCCCCUUUGUGAAGGCAUUUGUUGAAAAGCUUUUUCAAUCCUUCGAGAAUAAUUUCACUUCCCUCCUUUAACAUUUCGGCAAGUAUUCCAUCUGGUUCCGGAGCCUUAUUGUUCUUUAGUUGUGCCAUAGCUUGUUUUAUUUCGAAGGAUUCUAUAUUAGGGAGUACUUCUGAGUUGACAUUUAUUAUCUUUUUCUUAAGAGUUUCCUUUGCAGUGCUAUCUGGGUCUUUGUUUGAGGAAUAUAAAUCACGGUAAAAUGUUUGUGUAACUUUUAGGAUUGGGUUCUUUUCUCUUGUUUCUUUUCCAUCUUUAUCUUUUAAUGAGAUUAUUAGAGGCUUUCCUAUGUUUGGUCUUAGGCACUUUAGACCUCGGUUCUUUUCUAUAAUUUUUUCUACCUUGUUUUCAUUGUAGAUCCUUAAGUCUUCCUUUACUCCCUUCUUUAUUUGUUUAUUCAAUUCUUUGAAACCGUCGGUGUUUCGCUUUCCUUCGCUUAGAAAUAGGCGUCUCUUUUCCAUCAACCGUUUUGUUCCAGCGCUUAUUUUGUCUUCUUUACUUUUCGUUUUCUUUGCCACAGUCAGGCCUGCUUUCAAGAGCUUUCGUUGCAUUUCUCUAUUAAUUGUGUUCGUUCAUGUCGGUAUUUUCUUGUUGAUAAUAUUCUACAAAUUCUUCUCUUAAGACUUCUCUGUACUCUUCUCCCUUCUGUCGGAUUUUAGUUUGAUCUAUCUGAUUACAAUUAUGUGGCCUGUUUCUACGAGUUUUGGUCUGUUUAAAAACAACCUAAUCGCUCUCGUUUUUCGUCUUUUUAUCGGGAGAUAUCCACGUCCAUUUUCGGUUUGCUUGUUUUUUGAAAUAUGUAUUCAUGGCAUAUAAAUUUUGUUGUUCUAAGAAGUUAUAUAAUUUUUCUCCUCUUGCAUUUCGUGUGCCAUAACCAUGCAUCCCUAUUUAGGUUUCAGUAUUUUCUUCUUUUUUACCUAAUUUUGCGUUGAAAUCUCCCAUAAUUAUAGUAUAUCUUGUAUAAUUUUCAUCUAAUGCUGUUAUCAGAUCUUCGUACAACAUUUCAACUUCCUCAUCCUGAUGUGAUGUUGUGGGAGCAUACACUUGUAUUACCUUUACCUUAGUUUUAUUAUCUAGGUCUACUAUAAUAUAAGCUACUCUAUAAGAAACGCUUUUAUAUGUUGAAAUGUAUGGUGUGAGAUACUUUUUGAUAAGGAAUCCUACUCCACCAUAUGUUUCGUCUAUUUUCCCUGUAUAGUACAGGCGAUUUCCAGAGUUUAGCUGCAUGCAUUGUUCGCCUCUUCUUUUCACUUCUGACAGUCCUACAAUAUCCCACUUUAUCUUGGAUAGUUCUUCUUCUAAUUCGUGUACUUUUUCAUCUUUAGCCAUCGAUUGAAUGUUGUAUGUGGCUAGUAGUAACUUUUUUUGUUUGGUCGUAUCUAUUUUGGAGCGUUUUGUUGAGCUUGUGCCUCCCCCAGAAUCCGAGAGGCUGACCGUUUUUCCGGUGUGGGAUUCUGAGCUGCUUGCUCUACCCACCUGGGGAACCAUUCCAUUUUGUUUCAAGUUCAACAUGUUUUAUUUUUGAGGGGUAUAUUGGCAUUAAAACACCAUGCUUGCCAGGCGGGUUGGUGAGUGUUCGCAGUAUCACAGCCGGUUAAAUCAAUAUCAGAUUGUCGCCUGUGACUUUGUGGAACCGCACCUGCCAGGAAUUGUAUUCCACAGCCACGGGCCACUAAUGACACAGCUGCUGACCUGUAUCAUGUCUGAACCCUAAAAUCGGGGGGUCGCCACUUCCGCCAUACACACCGUACCGAAGAUGUUCUUCUCCGCCAUGGAUACCGUUGUGGUCUUCAUCCGUUACCCUGGACAAGGGACACUAAGCAAGUACUAGUUUCCCGGGUCAGGAAACUCCUGGAAUCUGCGGAGGGCAGAGAUUGAUUCACUUUCCCUGGUAGGACUGUCCAAAGGAGUUCCUAUCCGCUACCCAUGCAGUCUCCAUAUGCAGUCUCCAUAAGCAGUCUCCAUAUAAAAUAAAAUUACUUGUCUCUUGCGAUUCAGUGCCUUUUAUAUCCCUAAAUUUUAUAUCCCUAAAUAUCUCAGUUUCUCUAUUAUCGCAUAGACUGCAACUGAGCUCUUCAUUGUAUAUACCUAACGUGUGUAGGUGUCCUUUUACUGGAAAAUCUCCAGUUAGGAAACCAGUAGUCAUUUUGAGCAGAUUCCUGUUCAUUUUGCGUAGUUCUUCAGUACUUUUCGCGCAUGUGUGAUAAAUCUCUUCCCAUGCCUUUGGGUGGGAAUUUUUUCCCAGUGUUCUUUGUGUUUUCUUCGUAUCCGGCUUCUUAAUCACUCUCUUAAUGCAGGUUCUGGACCGAAGUAUCUUGUUACUAAUCCUCGUCUAGCAAGUUCGUCAGCUUUCUCGUUGCCAGCGAUCCCCUCGUUAUGUUCCGCCAGGGUGUCAAGUUCUUCGGGGUAUUCCUGCUCUCUUUAAAGCACUCAAAGCCGCUUGGCUGUCUGAACAGAUAUUAAUUCUCUUAUUAGUAGUAUAAGUCCUCAAUCUGUUUAUCCUUGCACAGUGCAUGGUUGCAUAUACCUCUGUCUGAAAUACAGAGGCAUAUUCUCCUAGUGAGAUGGAACCGUUAUAGUCCCUAUCUUCACUAUGUACUCCUGAUCCCGACUUAUCUUCUGUCUUGGACCCAUCUGUAUACCAGGUAUGGCCCUCAUACUUCGGAUGUCUACCAGGAUUUCCCCAUACCUCCCUGUAGUGUAUUUUUACCUGGAAAAGUAUUUCCAUUUUAUAUUUGGGGACUGAAUGGUCUGUUGUCAUCUCUCAUAUCGGAUCUCCUCAUAUAUCCUUGGUGCUGCAGUCUCCUUUGCCCACUGCAAUUUUACUUUGAUUUCCCUGCAGUCUAUGUAACCCCAUCCUUACCUCAUCCGUCACUAUGAUGUGUAAGGGAGGAAGGUCCAGUAAGGCUUCCAUUUCUGCAGUUAGUGUGCCUCUCAUUGCACCUGUUAUGCCGAGACAGGCAAGCCUUUGUAUCUUGCCUAGCUUCUCUAGACCAGUGCUGGCAUUUUGGUCUCACUUUUUGGGGUAUUUGGGGCAUUUUGGUAUUUGGGGACUGAAUGGUCUGUUGUCAUCUCUCAUAUCGGAUCUCCUCAUAUAUCCUUGAUGCUGCAGGCAGUCUCCUUUGCCCACUGCAAUUUUACUUUGCUUUCCCUGCAGUCUAUGUAACCCCAUCCUUGCCUUAUCCAUCACUAUAAUGUGAAAGGAAGGAAGGUCUAGUAAGGCUUCCAUUUCUGCAGUCAGUGUGCCUCUCAUUGUACCUGUUUUGCCGAGACAGGCAAGCCUUUGUAUCUUGCCUAGCUUCUUUAGACCAAUGCUGGCAUUUUGGUCUCACUUUAAACUACCUAGAAAUUUUGAAAAUGUUAUGUAUUUGUAAGAGAGGAUAUUGUAUAUUUACGUGCAACUAAUACAUUAGAUUUUACAACAAGUCUUGACCAUAGAUCUAUUCAAGUGGAACUAUUAACUAAAACUGCCAAUAUUGAAAAUAGACCAUAUGCCUUGUUUUUCAAUGCCAACAAUGAAAUUUUAAGAGAUCAUUCAAAGUUUGCAUCUGAUAGUGAAGUAUUUGUAAAAGUUCUUGUAGAGUAGCUAAACUAAAUACUGUGUAUUGAAAGACUGAGGUUCCAUUCCCUGUGGAGGACAAAAUUUUUAAUUUUAAUUAAUUCACUUUUUUAUCUUUGAUUAAUUAUUAUACAAUUAACUAAAUUAAAUGAAAUAAGUAACCAGUUAAUAUAUUCCAAAUCUAAUUCAUAUUUAACAUGGCCUUUAUGGGGCGGAUAGGUACAACACAGCAUAUUUUUUGAGUGAAUGUAUCUCAGGUUUAAAGAAAGUGAAAGGAAAACCGUAAAUAUAGGAGAGUGCAAUUAAAACGACAACAUGCGUUGUUUCGGAAAAAUUCAAACAAGCUUAUAUUUUUGUAAAACUUUUUUUGUUAGUUUAUAUACAUAUUAAACUAAAAAGUUCUAUUCGCAGAUUUGGCCGCUAAUUGUUUAAAAACUGUUUUCUGCUAGCUUCAUUUUCCUAAUUAUUUUUUACAUAGGUUUUUACAUAAAGUUUUUACUUAAUA